ACCGCGUAAAAGUCAAUUCCCCACACCUUUUAGUCGCAAACACCAGAUACGAUAGCGACUACCCCCCGAUACACUACCGAAACCAGCGCCGAAAAUGCCUCCGCAAACUCCAACUCAAGCCCUCUCUGAUUCAGCUCGUACGAUAUGGGAACGCCUAGAAACGUACCUCCUCCGUCUGCCAAUCCUAACACGCGUUGUGAUACUUCUCAUCGCGGUAAUCCACAUGCUGGAGGUAUGCGGUUUCGGAAUGCUGGAUUGGUUUGCACUGGAUGUUGGGAAGAUGGAUUUGGGGCAGAGUUAGACUUUCCCCUCUUCCAUUUUGUCUGGUAUUAAAGGGGGAGUCGGGGUUAAUUGUGUGAGGGGAGGAGGUGACAGUGCAUCGAUUAAAUACUUACCCGCUCGUGCACCUGGGACUUUUACAUGCGCUUUUGAACGCUCUUGCAUUGACUCCUUUACUUGAGAGGUUCGAGAGGGAGGUGGGAACUUUGAAGACGUUGCUGCUGGUGCUCGGUCGUAGGUUUUGUUCGAUUCCGGCGGAGAAGGGGGGGGAGCGAGCAGUGGGCUGACGGGAUGCUGAUUGGGCGUGGUUGGACCAGCUCUCGUGACGUUCCCUGGCGGAUUGUAUGUUGGUAUCGAGAUUUUCCUACUCGGCGCUUAUGACUCGGUUGCCGGGGCGAGGUAGGUUUUCGCUGUGCUAGUACUUGGGAGAUUCUAGGAAGCUGCGUCGGGGGUGCUGGCUAACUAGGGUUUGAGGGAGACAGCGCCCUGGUAUUUACCCUUAUGGCCAAUGAAGCGGUGAAGACGUUUCUGGAGAGGCCGACUUAUAAGUAUUUCACCUGUUCCAGCUAAUUAUGGGAGCACGUCGCUAACCAGUUUUGCAGUAUUGCUGGCUAUGGUAUACCUUCAUGGAUGGCUCCCAUUUUUUGGUUGGUGGCCAUCUCGAUUUUAGUUCCUAGAGCCAGCAUUCUCGGGCACUUUUGCGGGUUGAUAAUUGGUUAUCUAUGUUCGUUAUCCACCUCUUCUCCAUUGAAUAUGUGCUCAUAGCACUACUAGAUGCCUGCCACUACCUCCGUCUCAUCGAGCCUUCAGAGAAUAUACUGGGUAAAGUCGAGUCCAAGUUAAACUUUCUGCUCCGGCGUGUACCCUUCUACAUUUCCCUGGAGAACAGGAUUGAGAUGAGCCACAUGGAGCUCCUCCCGACAUCUGUCGGCUCAAGAACCCAAUCAGCACCCCGCGGACCAACCCCUGCUCCUGUAGAAAGUGGCUCUGGGUUCGCUGCCGCCGGUCCUGGCAGAGUGCUCGGCUCGUAGGUGAGAGAGCAAGCCAUCAUGGCUUGAAGAGGGUAAGGCCAGGAAACGAGUCAAGUUGUUUUCCAUGUAAAUAGACAUACUCUUAUGGUGUUCCUUGUCUACGGGUUUUCGGGAGAAAGGUCAUAUCACAUCUGAGUUUUGCAAUAUCUUUAUUCGCUGUGGCUCAAUAAUUAGGGAUGUCAUGAUAAUGUUAUUGUAAAUACGGCAAUUAUUUUUCAUUACAGAG